UUAUGACUCAUUUCAUCUCCUAACUAACUUCUGUCCCUGUGUCUUCUCACCCAUUUCGCCAAACUAAAUCUGUUUAGCUUAGAAAUUCCCGUCAGUAAGUAAUGGCUGAUUCUUCGGAUCUAAAAUCGGCAGCGUUACUGGAACAAAUGAAACCUUAUCUAUCUACUGACGCUGGUAAAGCCAUCACUAAAAAGAUCGGUCUCGUAUACCAAAUCAAUAUCGCUCCCAAGAAACUUGGAUACAACGAGGAGAUUUACGUUGUUGAUCUCAAAAAAGGAGAGGUCACUAAAGGUCCAUAUGAAGGUGGAAAACCAGAUGCCACUUUUUCAUUCACAGAUGAAGACUUCUACAAAGUUGCUACUGGGAAAAUGAACCCUCAAAUUGCUUUCAUGAGGGGUGCAAUGAAGGUCAAAGGCAGUUUGAGUGCAGCCCAAAAAUUCACACCUGACAUCUUCCCAAAACCUUCAAAGAUGUAAGCAGGAGCCAGGAGGUUAUGUGUUCUUAAAGCCGGUCCUUUGAGAAAUAGGUUAGUCACCUUGGAAAAUGAAUUUAGAUAUAAUGUAUAAAAAUGGUGAUAAGUUAAUCGGUACAAGUGUGUUACUUUUACAUGUUUUACAAUGAAAUGAAGUUACUUAAGUAUGACACUACGGAAACCAUUUAUAUCAUGUGUUCUUGUAAUUACUUUCACUUUUUCUAUAAGAUAUUUAGUUCACAUAA